ACAGAGGUUCUAAAGCAGGUGUGGGACUUAUCUGAUCAGGAUAAUGACAGCAUGCUUUCCUUGAGAGAGUUCUGCUUUUCUCUCUAUUUGAUGGAACGUUACAGGGAAGGUCGGCCUCUUCCAGCUACACUUCCAAGCAAUGUUAUGUUGGAUGAGACACUGCUGUCAAUGACAGGUCAACCAAAAGUGGGUUAUGGAAAUGCAGCUUGGAGUCCCCACCCUUGCUUUGGACAACAUCAAGGGAUGCAAGGUUCCCAGAUGAUGCCACCUGGCACUGGUUUGAGGCCACCAAUUCAGGGAAACGCCCCUCAGGCUGAUCGUACACUGCAACCGAAUCAGCAAAAUUUGAGGGUGCCAGGGAUGGAGGGCUUGGCUCAAAACCAGCUUGACAAUGGGAAGCAGGAUUCAGCCAACUCAAGACCUCAGGACCCUAAUGGUGCAGGGAAAGAGGUUGAAGAAACUGAGAAUGUGAUUUUGGACUCAAGAGAGAAGAUUGAGUUCUAUCGCACGAAAAUGCAGGAGCUUGCUCUGUAUAAAAGCAGAUGUGAUAACAGAUUAAAUGAGAUCACAGAAAGGGCACUGGCAGACAAGCGUGAGGCUGAACUACUGGGUAAGAAGUAUGAAGAGAAAUAUAAACAAGUGGCAGAAAUAGCAUCUAAGUUAACCAUUGAAGAGGCCACCUUUCGUGAAGUUCAGAGGAAGAUGGAAUUGCAUCAAGCAAUUGUUAAAAUGGAGCAAGGAGGUAGUGCUGAUGGUAUCCUUCAGGUCCGAGCUGAUCGUAUACAAUAUGAUCUUGAGGAGCUAAUAAAGGCUCUUACUGAACGUUGCAAGAAACAUGGGCUAGACAUGAAGUCAGCUGCAAUAAUUGAGCUUCCAACUGGUUGGCAACCUGGAAUUCAAGACGGAGCAGCUGUUUGGGACGAAGAUUGGGACAAGUUUGAAGAUGAAGGAUUUGGCAAUGAUCUCAUAAUUGAUUCCUCAACAAAAUCUGUCCAGAGAGAAAAGGCUUCCCCAGAUCGUAGUUCAACUGCUGAUUCAUCAUCGGUUACUGAUGGAAAGUCAGGAAUUUCUUACAGCAAUGGUGAUCAUGCACAUGAAAGUGAAUCUGUUUUCACCCACGGUGAAGAUGAACAUGUAAGAAGUCCCAAUGGCAGUCUAGCUGGAACGACUGCUGUUGACAGCCCGUCUCGAGACUUCUCAGACAUCCACUAUGGUAAAAAUUCCGAAGCAGAUGGAGAAACACACGGAAGUUUUGAUGAAUCGACCUGGGGUGGUGCCUUUGACAAUAAUGAUGAUAUUGAUUCUGUUUGGGGAUUUAAUACUGACAAGGGCAAGGGCACAGAUUCUGAGAAGCACAGAGAUUUCUUUGGAUCUGAUGACUAUGGUGUCAACCCAGUAAGAACUGGGUCCCCCAAUGCAGAUACCGCCUUUCAGAAGAAGAGCAUUUUCUUUGAAGACUCUGUUCCUAGCACACCAGUCUCGAGGUUUGCCAACUCGCCAAGAUAUAGUGAGGCUGGGGAUCACUACUUUGACAAUUUCUCAAGGUUUGAUUCAUUCAGCAGCAGGCAAGACAGUGGUUUUUCUUCUCAACCUGAGAGGUUCACAAGGUUUGAUUCCAUGAAUAGCACUAGAGAUUUCGGUCACUCAAGGUUGGAUUCCAUAAGCAGCAGCAAAGACUUUGGCCAAAGUCAUGGCCUCACAAGGUUCGAUUCCAUAAACAGCACAAAAGAUUUCGGCCACAGUACAUACUCUUUCGAUGACGCAGAUCCAUUUGGCUCUUCGAGUCAAAAUCCAAAGAAGGGAUCUGAUAAUUGGAAUGCUUUCUAACCGGCAAUCCACUGU